AUUCAAUCCUGAUGAACCCUUGCUGAGGCAGUUUGGAGUAAAAUGCACCUAGGCCGCUGGUUUUUCGCAGUACUCCUGACAGUCGGCGCCUCUGAGCUUUGUCAUGCCGGACCGCUCCACGCCCAGUGCAAAGUAGAAUGGUACUUUGGGGUACCAUGCCAAGUGGUUUAUGGAUCCCUGGUCUCACAGAUUAAGAAGUGGAGAACCAUGGCUGGCUGCACCAUGGGAGGACAGAGGUGCCUGUACAAGCUGCAGUCUGCCUCGGUCCACUUCAUAGCAGCUAAACACACCACGCCCUUUAAGGGCUACGUGGACGACAUCACCUUCCGGCUGGUCUCCUAUCACUUCUUCACUUGCUGUCACGUUUCGGCCAUGUCCAUCUCUGAGACCUGGUAUGCCAUCAAAGACCACGGCACCAACUACUGCAACCUCUACAACCUCAUAGAAGGAAGUGGUCUGACCGAAGCCAGAGGUUAUAAAGAGGUCACCAGUGACUUCCUGUGUACCCAGCGCUCCUCUGCUAACUGCACCGUCUACUGACUGAACAUCAAGGAUCACCAAAGACCGUCACAGCCCAGUUGGAAAGUAACGAAUUACAAUUACUUACAAUACUGUAAUUGAGAAGUUUUUUUGCGUACUUUUAAUUUUUAAAGUAGUUUUUCUAACCUGUACUUUCAUGUUUACUUAAGUGUGUUUUUUUAAGUAUUGCACUUUUC